CUUCUCUGAACGGCUGUCACACAAGAAGUGCAGGAGAAAAAGAAGUUGGAUGAGUCAGUGGAACACAAGCGAAGGUGUGGCCUCUGUGUGUGUAUGAGAGUGGAUGACCGCAGACGUCGCCGCGUGUUUGCUAUCGAUCGACCGGCUGCGUACGGAAUUGAAGACUUGUCAGCUACCUUCCAUAUAAUCCAGAAGUACCCAUCGGGAGCCGCACUGUAUUCUGCCAGCAAUGGAGCCUCCUACAGCCCCGGAGCUGCGGAACAGCGGGAUACAAUUCACUUUCCAGUACCUCGGAAGCGUUCCCGUGCUCGAUGCCCUACACGAUAUGACGCCAGAUCUGCGGCAGCUUGUUGUAAAGGAAUGUAUUAACAUGAUUGCUGGUGAGCUGGAAAUUAUCCCAGAACAAGAAAUGAACCCGAUUAUCAAGAAGAUUGUUGGUUCACCAGAAGUGGCAAAUCAUAAAGUUGAUUUGAGUAUUUCUACCAAGGCUUUGAAUGUAAUCUACACCGAUCCGAAGGACAAAGAGAGAAUGAAUCGUCUGAUUGCGAGGCAUAGCAUUGAAUUGGUGUCCUUCGCCGCUCAAGGCUCAGAGGAGACAAACACCAGUGAUAUGUUCGGAUACAUCGCAAAGAAGCGUAAUGGAACCGAUCGAAGAUGUCACAUUUUCCGGUUCAAAGAUGUACCAAGAGUUAUGCACACCAUUGAUGAUGCUAUACGCCUGGCAACUAUCGACAAGCAAGUAGCAAUGCCACCACCUGUGUUACCGACAUCUGGUAAAGUAGAGGUAGAGCCUAGUCCUUCUCCGCACAUGCAAGAGCAUCGGCGACGACCACUAGCUCCAUCUCCUCGACUACCGAACAGAAAUCACAUACCAGAUCGGCCAUCACCGGAACUAGGUGUUCGAGAAGAAAAUAAUGGAGUACUUGGUUUGGAUUUAAGAGACAAGCGAUGGUUUCAUGGUGAAUUAGAUCGCGCUGCCGCAGAAUAUCUGUUACAAAAAGAUGGCGACUUUCUUGUUCGAACAAGCGCCAAUUCACCUGGACAGUUUAUUUUGGAUGGUAUGGAACAGGGAAGACAUCGUCACAUUCUCCUCAUCAAUGACGGCGCAGUUCGCACCGCCACCAAAGAGUUCCCUACAGUGUCGUCGUUAAUUGCUUACCAUUACAACACUGGCAUCCCAAUCUCAACUCCAGAAUCCCUUGUGUAUUUGAGAAAUCCUAUUUUCGUGUAACGGUAACACUAGUACUCAAGAAAUUUAGAAUCUUACAAAACGGUGCUCAAAGCAACACCAGUACAUAUCUCCAUCCAUUUCAACAUUUCUCUAAUUGUUUGUGAUAAUUUUUGAAGGUCAUAACUUAUGAUAGCUGGUCUUAUAUCUCUAGUUUCUGUGUUUUACAAUUGCUCAAAUGAUUGCGCCAUUUAUGUACAAAUUGUCUGCAAAUACAUUUUUAUGAUACUUCGCACUGCAUCAACAUA